AUGGCCGUUACCGACGGCAACAUGACGGGGUCGUACCGCCGUUACCGACGGCUACAGAGGGGGAAGGGGCAGGUCCUCAACAAGUACUACGAACUCACGGACUCUUCGGAGUGCUAUCGAAUCGCCAUGGUGUUGCACCCGGGCUUCAAGCUCGAGUACUUCAAGACUCAUCACUGGCAAGAUGAGUGGAUCGAGACGGCCAAGACUCUCGUCCGCAACGAGUACGACUUGAACUACAAGCACUCUGACGCGGCCGUCGACCAGGACGACCAUGACGAUGUAGUGCCUGUAGCACGCCGGUCUCGGGGCGACAAGAGCGCGUCGAGCGGCACGUUGUGGGCGCGUCGAGCAGUUCGCGUCACCCACAUCGAGCUGCCCGUAUCGCCCGUCUCGAACCGACCGCGCGUCGAGUGGCUCGUUGCGGGCGUGUCGAGCAGUUCGCGUUGCCCGUAUCGAGCUGCCCGCGUCGCCUGUGUCAAACCAACCGCAUCGGCCAUGCCGAGCGGCUCGUUGCGAGCGCGUUGA